AAGAGGUUGGUGGGCCGCGAGAAACAAGCCCAGCUCGCUCCUCCAUUCCUCCGGAAAUCCUACGAAACCCUCGCCUCCCCACCAUGGCCGACGGCGCCGCCUCCGUCGUCUCCACCGCAGGCUACGACGGCGACGACCGAAUCAGCGCCCUCCACGACGACCUCCUCUGUGCCAUCAUCUCCCGCCUCUCCGUCACGGACGCCGCCCGCACCACCACCCUCGGCCCCCGCUGGCGCCACCUCUGGCACUCCACACCGCUCGCCCUCGACGAUGCCGACCUCCACAAGUCCGUCCGUGACGCCGUAGUCCCCCGGAUCCUUGCCGACCAUCCGGGGCCCUUCCGCUCCGUCAUCCUCGCCGAAGUCAGGUUCGCCUCCCUGGACCAUGAGCUCGCCGAGUGGCCGAGCCUCCUCGCCACCAAGGGCAUCCAGAUACUCGCCCUCGUCAACAAGCACAUCCAGUCCCACCACACCUCCCGGCGCCUCCCGGCUGAAAUCCUCCGCUGCGUCUCGCUCCAGCGCCUCUUGCUGGGCUUCUGGACUUUUCCCGUCGACCUCUCCCGCGGCGCCGACGUCAUUUUCCCCCACCUCCAGCGUCUCAACAUGAUAGGGAAUGCCAUGAGCGACCAUGACCUAGAGUACUUGCUUGCUGCCAGCCCCGUUCUGAAGAUCAUUACGCUCGCGCGCAACAAGCUCAAGCAUGUGCAUCUCCGCAGCCAAAGCCUCCAGUGCGUGGUCAUUGGGCGGUCCGCGGUGAAAGAGGUCGCCGUGAUGGAAACACCGCUCUUGGAUCGCCUUAUCUUGUUGGAACCGUCUCCUAGUGCUGUUGGAAGUGCUCGUCUGAGGAUCAAGAUUGCGUGUGCAGCCAACCUGCGGGUGCUUGGCUACCUGGAGCCAAGAGCUCACAAGCUGCAGAUCGGCUACGAGGUCAUCGAGCCAAACAUAAUGGCAAGCCCAAGAGCGGUGCUUCCGAGCGUCAAGAUAUUGGCCUUGAAGGUGAAUUUUGGUGUCUUUGGGGAGGUCAACAUGCUUGCCCGUUUCCUUAGAUGCUUUCCCAAUGUUGACACGCUUCACAUCGAGUCUCUCCCGCAUGAUCCAUCCAUACCUGGCUAUGAACUCACUGGGGAGUUACAGGAGUACCAUGCCAAGUUCUGGCAGGGGGUCAGUCCAAUCAAAUGCUUGAGAUCACAUGUCAAUAGGAUGGUUUUGCACAAAUACCGAGGGUAUCAAAACGAAUUUGAAUUCCUCAAGUUCAUCGCCAAGGAUGCGCCGGAGCUGCAGUCUUUGGUGCUUGUGCCGCAUGAAGAAAGUUUUACUUUACCAGAUGAGAUGAAUGAGAUGAUAGACAGAUUAGGGUGUCCGCGGUUUCGAGCAUGGACCUCCAAAGUGUUGCUGGUGUUGACUAAAGUAGACAUUGGUUUUGGUGUGAUGACAGCAUCUGAUCUUACUGUCGAAGACCCUUUUCGCUGCUCAAUGCAUGGCUAAUUUGUUCAAUGUAUGUAUACAAGAUGGAUCCAAGCCUCGUUGGCUGCUGUAGUGCAAGAUCACAAUAUUAAAAUUUGGAGGCAUGCUAUCUCUUGGGUUAAACUAGGUUUGAACUAGGAGUACCAAGCGUACAUGUAAGGAUCUAAGCUGGCAGAACUACUGAAAAGACCAUCGUUGUCUUAUCAUGUUAUAUCUAACGUUGUCUUAUCAUGUUAUCUAACGUCGUCUUAUCAUGUUA